AUGCAUCAAAGUAGAGCGAAGAAGAGGAGGUUAUCUUUGCCAGACCGUUACCCAGUGAUCACUGGACUAGACCCUAUACAAGAAGAAACAGCUCUACAACAACUGGAAUUCGGCUCAGAGAGUACCUUUGGAUUGGUUGACUUGCCCAGUGAGGUCGCACAGCAUGCCGAAGGACUGGUGACUGGCAAUAACUGCAACAUUCACUUCAUCCACUAUAACGAUGACAUUGACAUCUGCUCAGACUUCUUGAUUGGCCGAUGCGUUCAGGGUCUUCUGUGCCCAAGGCACCACACUGCUUGGCCUUAUCUAUGGCAACUGAAGUACAAAGCCUCGGGUCUUUGGUUUAGCAUUGACGUGGGAGCUCAACUGGUCCUGGAAAGACUGUACAGUGACCCGGCUGUGGCCCAAGUCACUGGAAUACACCUAGGUUUAAAUAUUCUCAUUGACCUCUCCACCAUGACCGUCCACAGUAGCCUGAUGUUUGACCGCAUCCGACGUCUCUCCACCUCAGUCUGUCCCACAAAAGAGUUCCACACUGUUUACAUAUAUUACUAUGAAGGAGAAGAGAACAAAUGGGUGGAAUACAAUCCGGACUUUGUGAAAUGUAUAGAGGAAGGCCUCAGGGAGCAUCAGGAAGAGGUCCUCUGCGCGCACUCCCGUUUCACAUAUUCCCUUCACCUGGUCAACAUGGUCCAGACCAACCUCAGUACUAACACCAAGAGGAGGAUGAGGAAACGGCCGGUGUUCAAAUCCCCCAUUGUAAUGGUUCAAAAGCUGCGAGCCUUCCCUGUUUGCCUCUGUCCUUUGAAUCCACUGGAAAGGCCCGCAAGCCACCCUGAUGAAGACAGCUGUUACCCCAAGACCUGGAUCAUUAGCUACCCCAAGCCUAUCUAUGAGAAGAGCCACGUAAGCUGUUCAGCUAGAGAGUACACGUACAUUUAUACCUACUUCCACAAGACGAUGGCGGAAUCCAAGUACAUCAUUCUGGAGGUCUCCCGAAUACAGAACUACUUCCAAUGGACAAAAUACUCACAGAAAAAAAAGUUCAUGCAAAGCCAGCUUAAAGAAACCAAAGACGGUUGCUUGGAACGCUACCUAUUCCACGGCACCAAAUCAGACCACAUAGAGGCCAUUUUUAAUCAGAACUUCGAUCCGCGUGUCUCAGGCAAGAAUGGAACGGUUUACGGUAAAGGGUGCUACUUUGCCAAGGAUGCCAGUUACUCUCACACUUACUCUAACGCCACCCCUGAAGGUCACCACUUUAUGUUCCUUGCCAAGGUGUUAGUGGGACAUACGGCACUGGGUAGCGCCACCUACACCCGACCACCACCGUUAAUUGAAGACUGUCCCUCAAGCCUUCUCUAUGACUCUUGCGUGGACAAAGCCAAAGACCCAACCAUAUUCAUUAUUUUCGACAGUGACCAGUGUUACCCAUAUUUUAUGAUUAAGUAUCAGAAGAUGCAUGAUUUAGUUCUUCUGGAUUGAAAAGGACCUCAGGAUAC